CACCCUUUCCUCUUUCCAACUUUCAUCUAGGAAACGGUUGCUAUGAUAACGCAUCCUCGUCUCUCUUUCUCAGAGACUUGGUUUUCAUUUGAGACCAACCUCAUGAAGGAAGCCAUUGGAUGUGUGACAUAUUGGUGAGUCUUUGGGUGCCAUCGACAUGGGUUGUCUAUUUUCGCUCUUCACUCAUGGAUAUUGCGCCAAAGUGGAUGAUGCCAAGGCAUUGAGCAAGAAAAUUGACAAGGAGAUUCUCCUGGAACUGAAAAAUGAACCGGAUGAAAUCGAAAUUCUGUUAUUGGGUGCCCCGGAGUCGGGCAAAUCCACCAUUUUGAAACAAAUUCGAAUCAUUUACAAAUCGGAUUACACCUUAGAGGAACGCCUUAUGUUCAAGCCCAUCGUGUAUGCCAAUGCUCUUCAAAGCAUGUCAAUCAUCCUUCAUUCUUUGGAGCGUUUAGGGAUUGAGCUGGACUCUGAGCAAGUCGAAUACGACGCCUACCAAUUCUAUCAGCUUCUCGAGCAAAAGACUUGCCAUUCUCAUAUCUUGGUCGAGGACGUGAAAGUCACUCCCGAUUUGGCGGGGAUCAUGGCUCGAUUAUGGAAAGAUGCGGGCGUCCAAAGGGCCUUCAUUCAAGCCAAUCAGUUUCAGUUAUCGGACUGUGCGUCGUAUUUUUUGGACAACAUCGGGCGAUUGGGCGAGGCCAACUAUAUUCCCAGCGCUCAGGAUAUCUUGCACACGCGGGUCAAGACCUGCGGGAUAGUGGAGGUGAAAUUUCUCAUCAAGGACAUGAUGUUCCGGCUCCACGAUGUGGGUGGCCAACGGUCGGAGCGGAGGAAAUGGUUGAGUCUGUUCGAUUGCGUGCACGCCGUGGCGUUUUGUGUGAAUCUGGUGGAUUACGAUAACGUUGUGAUAUGGGAAGAGGAGCCAUCCAAUCGAAUGCUGGAAUCACUCAAACUCUUUGGCGCCAUUGCCAACAGCAAGGUGUUCAUCGAUGCCGUCAUGAUCUUAUUCCUGAACAAAACCGAUUUGUUUCAAAGGAAGUUGACCCGCGUUCCUUUGGUCACCACUUUCCCUGAUUACAAUGGGCCCAACGGGGAAUUUGAGAGUGCCGCUCAAUUCAUCUCGAAGAAGUUCAAGGGACAAAAGAAAUCCGUUCCCCCCGCUUAUUCGCAUUUGGUCUGUGCCACAGACACCGACAACAUGAAAUUAGUCAUCAAUGCCGUCACGGACAUGCUCAUCAAGAACUUUUUGAAAGAUUGUGGAAUUUACUGAUCCGAUCACAACACAUUGUUCGCAUUCUCUUAGAAGCAGACCAACAACCACGGCAGUGACUACAAUACUUUGCUAUAAGAACAAGAACAACAAGAAAUACCACCACCAUCACAUACAGUACUCUAGCGGGUGCAAAUAAAAUCAAACCCAUGGCCUCUGUAU